AUGUGCUUUUGUCGAAGGAAAACUAGUAGUAAAGUGAGUUUCGGAAAGCUUUGUCAGAAAAGUUGAAAAGAAAACGGAGACUUUCCAUUCUCAAAUGCGUUUAGGAUGACAUGGAGUCGAGCAAGAAGGUGUCGAACAGUCGGAAACCGGAGCAGCCGAUGCCGCCGGUCCAGUUGGGACCGGCGGCCCCGCCGCUCAACGUGGCGCCGAAGCAGGAGAACGAAAAGGGCGGAGAGAAGAAGAGUCGGCAGCCGAAGAGCUUCCCGCGGUCCCGUCUCAGCAAACGUCGCAGUGAGUCGGGGAAAAGAAAGGCGUAGUGGGAUUUUUUUUUUUGCAGAGAACGAAGACGACACCAUUUCCAAUGUGAGCCGAGCUGAAAAAGUAUGAACUUCAAUGGCAUUGUUUCAGAUUCCCGAAGAGAUGCCCGACCUGGAGAUCAACCGCGAACACCCCGAACCGUUUUACACCGACGAGCAGCUCAUGUAG